UUUCUUGUGCAGCCACUCACAACGCGACUAACCUCUUAUCAGUGAGAAAGUGCCAAAGCCGCUACCUUUCUUCGUUUGGGGUAUAAUUUUCCACCAGAUCGGGAUCAGUUUUUCCAGCCAGCAGUUUGACCGGUGCUGUUGUCUUUGGUGCUUGCUGUUUUCGAGCGGUUAUAAGUGAGGAAAUUCGAGAAACCGUGUGCCGUGUGGUCGUCUAAUUGAAUCGGUUUCCUGCGUUGUGUGCUUUUUGCCUGUUUUGCACCUGUUGCUUGAUAGUAGCCAGUCGCCAAUAAUUUGACCCGCAGAAGAACACAAUUUGGAGAGGAAUAAAUUGCCGGUUCGUCACUUCGGCCAGCAGAACCACCAGCCAGGAGGAACAUCAGCGUAGUGAAGUGAACACAUUGCUGCCGGGACUGUGUUAUUGCGGCACUUACGACAGAAAACGGCUCAACGCACGUCUGAAAGCAUCUGUCACAUUUUGUGAUCUCUUGACCAACGGCCACAUCGCAAAACCAGGAAAAAUGCUGUCCACCAGUAUGAGCUCGAGACAGAUUCUGCUCGGCCUGGCCCUGUUGCUGUGUGUAGUCAAAUUGACCACCGGACGACCACAAAACGCAAUCGACAACCAGGAUGCCCCCGAGAUAAACCUAAACGAGCUGCGAAAGCUGUACUCCAACUACAACCCGUACGUGUCGAACUCACUGGAUGACUAUGGACUGGAUCGGUUACAGCUGCAACUGCUGGCUCAGUACGCCCAAAGCAAUGCCAUCGGAGGAGCUGGCGGUUGGGACCAGCUGUACCGCGCCCCGGAGAUGAAACGCCAGAUUCGGUACCGUCAGUGUUACUUCAACCCGAUUUCCUGCUUCAAGAAGUAAACGCACUUCCACGUCAAAACACCCAUCCAUGAAAUCAUCAACCCCCCUCAAAAAGUUUUCGUUUCGGAAAUGCUCCUGCGUUUUAUCAUCAUCCGUUUGUACGAACUGUUCAUGACACUCUACCUAUCUAGAUAAAGCCAUGGUUGGCACUGCUGGGACGGAAGUGCAAAGAGCAGGCCCCCACAAAGUAAAGCACGAAGUUUAGCAGUAAGGAAGACCAAUUGCAAACCCCAAAUGUACUGAGUCGACCUAAGCCGCACCUAAUAAGGCAUAUUCAAGAAAAUAUGCGACCAACAAUACCUUCAAUAUGAUCUUCUUUAGCAUACCGGAAGGAUACAAUCAGUGGAUCAUACCGAGCAGAGCGUCAUCGUUUAUCUUAGGUUCUGUAUAAAAAACACAACAUGACUAACCAUAGCAUAGCAAAGCAACAAUGCAUCGUAUAAUCGUAUAAAUGCUAGUGAGUGCUACCCGGAAACUGAAUUGCCGUUUCUCUUUGAUGAAAGCAUGAAAUCUCACUUCAGAGUGGACUCCUUACGUCUUUCGGGAUUGUUUGUAAAUUACUGGACAUAUACUGUGAGAUGAUACAAUUAAACGUAAACUGUCAUAUAAAAACAAGAAAACAACAUUUUUGAACCGCUACUGUCACUGUUAAGCUAGAAUGUUGUAGAAUCCAUAGCGAGAGGAAGCAAAAUCAGAUAAAUAAACUAUUUUUGUUAGCAAUUAAAGUACUGAACCCGGAA